GUAAUUAUUCUCCAUCGGCAUACGACGGGGUUCGAUAACAUGGACUCUAUGAUCAGGCUCCACUCCUUGGAGCGACUAACUACCAAUAGUGACUGUCUAUUUGUAGGUAAGGUGUCUGACCGUUAUGGUGGGCCAGCCUAGUGUGUUCCAUUGAGCAAAUAAUGCGCCAGCCCAUCAUCAUCCACCACCAUCUUGUCAAAACUGGGGAGGGGCAAGUCCACUUUAUCACAGAGCCAGCCAGUCUUGCCAUGGGAUCUGUAUCUCAGCCUAGUUCGGGGGGAGGAGGAGGAGGGGGGCUUGGAUGGUUACGGAUAGUCGGCUCGUCAGCAACGAGAAGGACACUUUGGUCUGGCGGUAAAGCCCAAUAACCUACCGGGAGCGGUAAAGUGUUUGACGAUACGGAGGAGAUGGAUGGAUGUCUCUCAACUCUCUCUCUCUCUCUCUCUCUCUCUCCGCUUAGUCCGGCCCGGAGUUCAUGCGCUGCACUGGAGACUUUCUCAAUCCUUGGAUUUCAGACUCGCUCUCGAGUCUCUGGCAAGCCUUUCUCUCACACCGCACGCAGCCUGUUCCACUUCCGAGGUCCAUGUCACUCAGUCACCUCCACUUCGACUCGGAUUAACCUUUGGCGUGGGCUGUGUUUUUCGAGGCUUUAGCCGAUUCUUACUACGGAGGACUUCCUUCUCUCCUUUUCCCUGGAGGAUCUUUCGAACCGGUCCAUCAUCGCAUGGGCAACCGGAUUCCAUCGGCGACUGGAGUUCGGAAAGCCACAUGGCUGACUACGCGUCCCGCUUCCUACCAGUGGUCCACUCGUCUAGGACUUCUUGGUGACUGAUUGAUUGAUCGUUUCGCUGCCGCCGCUUCUGGGGAAACAAGCAAGCGACUGGCGGUCCCCGCCUAAAAGCGAAGAAAUAUGGAACGAGACACGUCCGAGAGGGAGAGGAACCGACGAGGGUUCAUCACCUCCUCACUCCCUGAUCUAAUCCUGGUCCUUUGUCUUGUUCCCAUUGAACGGAUCCGGUUGUAGAGAGUGGGAGGGGGUGAAAAAAAAAAAAAAAAAAAGAAA